GACAAGCAACACUCAACUCAACUCUUGUCUGUGCAUGGACGACAAACGUAGGAACGUAAUAAAUCGGUGUCUCCUAGGAAAUAUUAUUGAUGUCUUAGGAACUUCAGGACGAGCACUAUAUUCAUAUUCAUUAUGUUGAGAGUGUGAAAUAGAAGUAACGACGUGCAAUAAAGUAUACGUAAAAGAUGUUAUCAAGUAAGGUCCAUUGUGGAAUUCGGGUUGGCCAUGGAUGCUAAGGACUCGCGGGCUGAGGCAGCGCUGACGGAACGUAGCAACGAUGGCGGCGCGAAGUUCACGCUCCAGUACGACAGGAGCAAGAGUCACGACGCCGGAGCGAGCGCAUUCAAGGGGGACACGGCGGGUGUGCGCCCGUGCGCCGUCAUAGGCCCCGACCGCGUCGUGCCACCCUCGCGGGACGGCCCCAAGAAGACGCCAAGCGAGCCAUGGCUCGCCCCCGACCCCAUCUACCGGCGCAUGCCUGAUUACCCUUACAAGAUGCCCGACCACAAGGAUCCCACCAGAAACAUAUCACCACGACAAACAUUCCAAGAAAAUAUGCAGCGCAUUAUCAUGCCACCUGGAUAUAAUUCUACUAAACUGCAUGAAGAUUCCCCGUUUGCAUCCAAGAAUACAAAGUUGAAUGUGCCCACUGAGGUAAAGUAUUGUGAAGUGCCUUAUAAUAUUAAUCAAGUAAGUAGUGACCAAAAACAUAAUAGGAAUGCUGAUCAUAGUGCAUCAAAUGUAAACCCAUUGCUUAUGAGAGGAGUACCUCAUGGGUGGCCUGCGGGUAGUGUACAUGUACGCCCACUGAGGACAUAUGGUGCUCCGGAAGUGCUGCCAUAUCCAGAUUACGCCAACUGUACUGGUCCCCGGCCAGUGCUUACCAGGACUCAUGAAGAACCACUGUAUCCGGAUUCCUAUUACCAUGAGAGCAACAUCCGCUUCAAACCCUAUCCCAACAUCAAGGAGAGAUACCCACAGAGCAGGUAUGAAUAUCUAGGAAAUUAUCCAAGUCCUUACCAUCCCCCCAAUCCCUUUGCUCAUAAAUAUGAAUUACCAAAGACAAUGCCGCCUCACUCAUAUCCUGGCUAUCCCCAAGUACCUAAAUAUACUGAGAGGAUAUCUGAGCCUCUUAUGGAUGGUUACCAAAGAGCCCUCAGUCAACAAGGCAAUUAUGGUGUUCCCAUGCGUAACCCUGUUAUUCAUUCUUCUUAUAGACCUGUGCCUGGGAACCAUAUGCAAAAUAAAUUGAACCCAUACCCACUAGAUGCGCAACAUAAACCAGUUCCAAACAAACUGCCUUAUGACCCUGCAAGUAAGAUGUACCUUGAUUAUGAUACCCGUUCAAAGGCCAUGCCUAUGCCUGAUAAUUAUUACCUUAAUGAUGUGCCUAGGCCAUAUCAUGCUAAAAACACUAUUGUUGUACCAAAUUUUGCUUCUUCAAGCAUGCACGGAGUAAAUGCUCAUCCAUAUUAUAUUAAAGAGAAUAUGUCAUUGAAAAAUUUUGAAUAUCCUCGAUAUAAAAACAUGGAUCCAUCUAUGAUAAAUCAUCCUCUAACAAAACUACCACCUCAGUUUUCCCCCAGUACCUUAGCAAUAUCACCAGCAGAUUCAAAUGCUAGCAAUGAAACAGCACUGACUCAUGGAACUUCUCAAGAAGACUGUGGAUAUGUAAGCCAAUCCUCACUGACAAGUGUGAGAAGUAUAGAGAGUCUAAACAGAAUUCCAAUGGAUCCUUAUGGUAGAUAUGACUACAGAUAUGGUCCAAUAGUAAGAGCUUCCCCACCAACCAAACCAGAUCCCAGCAGUAAUCAAGGGUCAAAAUCUAAAAAAGAUAUAAGACAAUUUAUAUCAUCCUGGAGUGAAGGAGAUGAUGAAAAUGCUGAAAACAGUGCUAAAAGAGAUGGUGUUAAGAACAUUACUGAUGAUAAACAUACUUUUAGUAGGCAGUGUGUUAGCAAUCAGGAACAACUCUAUGUCCUUGGAUUAGUCAAUGUCCCAAGUGAAGAGCUCAGCAAAUAUGAACACAUUCAAAAAGUAUCUAAAUUACCCGAAAAUAUUAAAGGCUAUAACAGUCUUGAAUUGCUCAAUCAAUUUGAAGAAGCUAUAGAAUCUUCAAAUAUUUCCAGUGUUAAACCUCCUACGCCAAGGACAAUACAAAUGCCGUUAAAAAGCGUUUCACACAAACAUGAGCCAAUACCUCGUGCUUUGUCACCAUUAGAUGUUGAAGCUAAAAUCAGUCAAUCUGUUAUUCAUAAAGAAGUUGGCUGUAAUUUCGAAAUUAAGCCAUGUAGCCCGAAAAUGUUGAAUGUCGAGGUGGCCACACCCAUGCAGAUGCUCAAUGAAAGAGUUAUUGAAAAAGUGGCUAAUCCACAUAAUGUAAAGUCACCUAUAAUAAUACAAGCAGUGGAUGACAACUUAGACCACACUUUACUAAAUAAAACAAUAAAAUGUCCCAUACCAAACACAGCAUCAAGUUGCAAAAUGAUAAGCAGUCAACAUCUAUCUAAUUCACCUACCAUUGAUCAUUUAAAAACAGGUUAUACUUUACAAGAUUUAGAAAGUAAUUCAGGUGUAUGUUUAGCUUCUUUACCCAGACUAGACACAGAUAUAGAAUUGAAUUUCCCUGAAGUAAAUCAACAAUUUAUUAACGCAAACAAAACAGAUUCGGUCAUAACUACAUCUUUCACUAAAGAUCUUCCUACCUUGGAUAUGGACCGGUCUGCUAUUGCCACUACUGAAUGUGAUAUGAAUUAUCAAUAUUCUCCUAAAACUGAAACUGAAACAGAUUUUUCUCGAUUGAGCAAAUACAGAAAAUUAAAAAAAUGUGUUGCAGAUGAGAAUGAUACAGAACCAGCAAAAGUUCAAGCUACAAGAGUAGAUAGUGUAAUUAUAAAAAAUCCCGAUAACACAAGAAGUCUUGAAGAAAGCAAUGAUAAUUCUGGGAGCGGUUUUAAAGAUGACCUUCAAGAAUUUGCUAUGAAUUUAGUGUCUCAAACUAAAAAUACAAAACAACAAAAUGAUGUGGAUAAAAUGUUUGACCCUUCCACCAACUCCACUAUCACCGGUAGAUAUGAUGAUGUUAAGACUAAUUUACCUGGCACUUUUAUCCAUCAAACAAGUAAUUUAUCAAACAAACAUUUUAACGUGAAUGAAGAUACCAACCGUAAUAAUUCUGUUCACGCACAAACAGAAGAUUGUAAUAUGCACAGUAGAGAUAUUUCAAACCAAUAUUUAGAAAAGGCUGCUUUGGACAUACCAAUGAAUCUGUCACCACAGGCAAGAUAUUCGAUGGUUGAGGUAGACGAAGAAUGCAGAAAUACUGAAAAGGGUGAUAAAACCUCUGUUUUAGAAGAGAAGCAUCAGUUUGCUGUAGGUAAUAUUUGCGCGAAGAAACAAAUAAAUAUCGAAGAAAAUUGUAUUAGUGGUGUUAGUGUAGAAAAACCCGACGACAUUUUAAUGGAUUCACAAAACGAUACAUCUGAUAAGCAAUAUUUUAAUACUCGUGAGAAGCCGCUUACGACUCCAAAUAACCAUAGCAAUAGUCUUACUACUGGGUUAAGCAAAGAAUGCGACAUACAAAAAGAUGAAAAAGGUAAUUCAGUUUCGCAUAUAGAAAAUCAAACUUCAUAUUCUCCAAAAAUGGAAACUGAAACAAAUAAUUUCGUUUCGCAUAUUGUAAAUCAGACUUCAUAUUCUCCAAAAAUUGAAAUUGAAACCGAUCAUUCAGUUUCGCAUAGGGAAAAUCAAACUUUCCACACAACAAAUGUAGAUUACAAUAAAGAGAAAAAAACGAUUUUUGAAAAAGAAGAAAAGGUUGCUUUGAAUGAAAAAGCACUAGUUAACAAUACAAUAAGCAUAAUAGACCGCGUGGAAGACAUUUCGGAAAAUAAAAAUGAACCCAAAACCAUGUGCGAUAAAGUAAACAAUAAAGAUACGCUUUAUUUGUUGCAAGAGGAAAAUAAUAUCAUUUCAGAGCAGUAUCGCAAAACCUACGACAGUAUAACGUAUGUUCCCAAACUAAAGAGAAAGAAAUUUAGGGGUGAGGCCAGUCAUCGAAAACGAAGUUACGAAAAUAAGCCCGUAGACAUUGUAGAACAGAAUGUUGUAAACAAUAAUGAAAAACAGCAUUUUUUGUUUUCUUCCGAUAAAAAAGAAUCUGGAGGACAACUAAUACAAAAACAAGCCCAGAUUAUACCAGGAAACGUUAUAGCAGAAGAAAAUAUCAAAACACGGGCUCAUUUGAUGAAUAUAAAAUGUACGAACGUUAAUAAAAAUGGGCCUACAGAAACUGUAGCAUAUAAUGACAUUAUGGAGAAAAUUUCGAAUAAUUUACAAGACGAUAUAAAUACCAAUAAGCCAGUUUCAUCUUCGCCUAUCAUAGGCAAUUGUUUCGAAGAAAUAUGCGAAUCUGAGACGAAAUCACUACAAAAUAAUUUGUCUUUGGAUACUGAUAGUGACACCAAAAAAUGUAUUAAAAACUCUGAUUCGACAGUGAAAAAUAAUCCAAUUUCGGAUAAUCCAGUAGAAAGUCAAAGUAAGUCAUACAAAGUUGUUGACAACGAUGCGUUAGAGAUUUCCAGUGAUUUAAUUGAACAAAAAGAAAAGUCUUUGGAGCACGCAAACGCGAGUAUUAAUCAUGAAGCAAAAGAAUUAAAGACGCUGGUAAUGUACCAUCAAGAUGAAACUCAAUCUCCAAAUCAAUCAAUAGACAUUAAUUUUAAGAACAAAGAUUUCAAUCCACUGGUUAAUUCUGAUAUAAAAGAAGAAGAACUCGAAGAAACAAUAAAAGAUUACACUAUGAGCUCUGUUACCAAGAAACUGGAUCCGCUCAAUGUCACUGAUCAAUGUGUAGAACACGGCGUAGAAUUGAAUGUAAUUAAAAGUACUUAUUUUGAAAAUGAAAACAUAAAUACUUCCACUAAUGUACAAAAAACUGAAUAUCAAUCGCAAAAACUAGAAAAUGUUGAAUGUAAAAACGAAGGCCAACAUCAUGAUGUCCAAAUGCGUAUUAAUAGAGAUAAUCUCGUCUUGACAGACUUCGAACAUGAUAUUCAAAAGAACUUUUGUCAAGACGAAACAAAAACUAAAAACGUCCCGGCGUGUCAUGCAUUCGUAAAUAAAGAGCUUUUUUCUUCUCGUUUUCAGAACUUACUUUUUUAUAAUGAAAAUUUUGACACCUGUUCUAAUACUGGUGAAUACAAGGUAAUUGAUAAACAACCUACAAUGCAUAAUAGUUUAUGUGAUCAUAUGGCCAAUAGUCCAAAAACUGACGACGUUGAUAUAAAUAUUGAAAAUAAAAUUAGUAGUGAUCAAAAUAUUAGGGAUUUGGAUUCGUCUGAUCGAAUCGAAACAAUGGAUGAAGCCGCUACGAAUGAGGAAUGUGGUAACGGAAAUCUUGGUGAAGAAAUAUUUGACGCCACUUCUUCGGAAAAUAAUAACAUAAGCAAUGGUCCAAAAAACGAGGAUAAUGUUAACAAAAAUUGUAUUAAAAACGAUAAAGAAAGUAGUAUGCCAUCGCCAGAAACUCAAAUAAAAAGUUUUGAUAAAAAUGUAAUACAUACUGUCACAGAUACUGUUGAAAAAUCGGUGGGUAGUUCGGUUUCUAAGUCUUCUUGCCAAGAAAUAGAUAUAGCAUGGAGAAAAGAUUUAGAAAACAAUAGUGGUAAAUGCGGAUCAGAUAUACAAUACACAAAUAUAGAAACUUUUUCAAAAUCGGUGGACAACUCCGGUUAUAAGUCAUCUGGCAUAGAAAUCGUUGAUGAAUGUGUAAAAAAUUUAGAAAACGACAAUGCCGCAUGCACAAAUAAAGAUACGUUUCCAAAAUCAGUUGACGAUUCUGGUUAUAAGUCACCUAGCCAAGAAAUGGACGAUGAAUGUGUUAAGGAUUUAGAAAACAAUAACGGUGACUCAGAUUUACAAUUAAUUAAUAAUGUCGAAAGUGAUGCUUGUCCCACUAAUAUUAUAGUAAUUGAAAAUUCUAUAAGUGUGACACCAGAACACUGUAACGAGUAUAGUAAAAUUGGCACACCUGUCGAGAAUGAGUUGGAUAAAAAAAUAGAAUCUUUCGUUGAACAUUUAAGCACUCGACCACGUUUUUCCCUCAAAAGAUCAUUAUCUGACUCUGCUUUAAAUGCAUAUGAUGAUGACGUAGACGAGUGUUCAUCAAAAAGAUGUAUCUUGCCCAAAAGACGGAAAAAAAUCUGUGACAUCAGCAAAAUAGACGAAUCCCAUUUGCUGAACAUAAUUCAAAGUAGUAGAAGAAAUUCUGUGUCAACACUUAGCAACGAAAAUUUUUCGUUUUGUAUACUGAUAGAUGAUCAUUGUAUUGUCUCUGAUGAAAAUUAUGAACAAGAAAAUUAUAUGCAGUUUGAAAACAAUUUCUCAAACCAUUCGCUUAAAGAUCCUGUAGUGGAUGAAAAGAGUGUAUCUCCAGCGUAUAACUUAGAAGACCAGAACGAAAAUACUUCUGACACAUACAUAAGCAAAUAUGAUGAAGAAAAAAUUUGGGUCGAAGACGUUGGCUGUGAAGAAACUAUUGAAACCGAGGACAUCGCAGAAAAUAUCGUUAUUGGUGAUCCAGCUUCUCCAAAGGAUACGGAUUUAACCGAUUAUGAAUCGGACGAUGAAGACAUGGAUACCUUAAGUAAUGAAGACGCAGAUCACACGAGCAAAGUUAAACACAUAUAUGGCGAUAACAUGUGCACAAAUGAUGCUCAAUUAGUUGACGCGUUGUACAGAACGCCUCAAAUGGAUGUUAAUAAAAAACUAAUGGAUAAAGAAUCUCAUACAACCGAGAAAGGUAGUAAAUAUUAUGAUAGCGAUUCAUUAGAAAUGUUAUUAGCUGAACCUGUUGACAAUAUCCCUCGUGCGGUUACAGAGUCAAAUAUAAAUUCUAUCAGCCUACCGAUCCGGCAGGGACCUGAGGCAGGCACUAUGAACAAAGAAAACCUGAAUUCAAAGUGUUUACAAGUUCCCUCACCUCUUAUGAAUAAUAUAAAAAAUAUACUGAUGAUUGACGCUAUCCCAAAUGAGAAGUAUAUAGAAUCGAUAAAUAAUGAUACGGAGCCACCUGCUGAUAAUAAUUGUACUGAUACUCAGGACGGUACAAUACACUCAUGUGAGUCAAGUUUAGACAAUGUAUUCUCUUACGUUGAUAAAAGGAACGGUAUACAUAAAACUUCUAGUUCACCCGAAGUUUCGUCUACUACAUCUGAAGAAAAAAAUUCAAGUAUAUUACUUAAAAUUUCUAACUUCAAAGGUUCACGAAUAUCUGAAGUAAAAAACUUAAGUUCCGAUAAGCAAGAACACAGUAGCUGUAAACGUACUACCACCGAAUUUUUUAAACCUGAUUACAGCCAUGGUACCACUUCAAAGCGACCAUUGCUCACGAAAGCUGCUCAAAAAUAUAUUCCCCCGCUUAGAGAGUCUAUUCCUGAUCUAAAAGUAAAAUUGGCUUUACCACAACAAAGUCUACUGAAGUUGCAAAAGAACAAAGUAGCCAAAGAAGAACCAAAGUUUAGCACUCGGAAUAUUUAUAGUGAUAUUAACAAUAUUAAGCUAAAAAAAGAAAUCCCAAAGAAAAUUAAACCUAAAUUUGAAGAUGUUCUUAAAAAUAUUGAUGAAGCUCAGUUUCAAAUGCACAAAGCAAAGACUAAAAAAUCAAAAAAGUACAUUCCUAAGGUGGUUAUAAAAAAGUCCGAAAAUGGGUCACAUUAUGCCAGUAGUUGCGCAAAAGAAGCAUUCAAUCCAGAUUUGACUGGGAGGAAAUGGCAGCCAUGGGUAUUUAUUGAAAAAAAUAAAUUUAUUGACAACAUGGCACUCAGAAACAAGACAAGGGCUGUGUUCAGUCACAGAAGGAAGUCCUAUGUCUUGGCUGAGAAAUUUUGCAAGUACAAAUCAAUUAGUACUGCAAAAUUUGUCAUAUCCCAACCCAAAUUAAAUGAUUUUUCUACAGGAAAUCUAAAAUACACAAUAAAAUUGAAACAUAGGUAGCUACUAAAGUAAGAAUGUUUGGAACUGGUUUUUUAGGAUCUGCAUUACAAAUGUAUCUGCACAUCCAAGACUGGAGCCCACCCAAAUUAACAUUCCUUCGAUUCCAAAUAAUUUUAUUUAGUUAGGAUGUUAACCGUUUAGUUCACUACCUUGUGACAAAGCCAAAUUUUCUACAGUGUGAUAUGAGAAAUAAAAUUAUUUAGGUACUGUAUAAUAAACUAGUGCAAUUUGAUCUGAUCUGUAAUUUGUUACUGUAUUACAAAGUUUAUUAAAAUUGUUUUUCUUAAAGUCAUUCCAUUUUAUAGCAGAAUUAUAAAAAAUAUAUAUAUCUGCACUUAGCACUUUAUAAUAAGCCAUAAAUUAGUAUUAAUUGUUUAUUUAUUGUCAUAAUUUAAUAUUGUUUUUAUUAAAAUUUAGUAAGUUAUAUUUAUAUGUAUAAAGGUUUAGGUUUGUUAAUAAGUACUGUUUUAUGAUUGUUUAGUGUUGCAGGGAGUAGUUUCAUAAACAUUAAAUAACACUUAGUGCAAUAUAAACCUUAAGGUUGCACACAGAUAAUAACCUGUAUGUACCUACACAGUCAUAAACUACAUUGCAAUGUUGUUUUUUUUUAAUAAUUUCGUUAUGACGGUACUGUCUACAUGAAAUCGUAAUUUUAAUAUCUACUUGUUAUUUCUACUAGAAAUAUUAAGUUACUGUUGCACGUAUUUAUAUUUUAACUUCUACUAGUACGUUGGACACUAAACUUUUGCCAGCGGUUUGCGAUAUAACUUCGAACCGUAUGAUUUGGAAGUAGAGGGCCUACAGAUCAUUGGGCCUACCGCGAACCACGUUCGACAUGUUGCCUCCCUGUCACACUUAAGUAAGAAUUUACAAGUGCGACAGAUAGGCAACACGUCUAACGUGAUUCGCGAUAGGCCCUCAGGUCCUAUAGCCAGGGCAAUGGAUACCGCCGGCGAACGUAUUAUACGAAACGGGCUCGCAGAAAAUGGGGUUUUAAUUUUAUAACAAACUGGUCGUUUUCAUGAGAUCAUGAGACACCGGUAAACAAAUAAUUAAUUAUAUACUAAGAUUGGUUAAUUGUAAAUGAAAUGUGAACCUAUCUACUACUGUUUAUAAAAAUUAGGAUGUAAUUAUUUAUAAGACCAAACAACCCUUGUUGAUAUGGUUAACAAUUGCUCACGUAAAUUCUAAGCACCAUUAUAAUAUAUGUGUAUUGCGAGAAAUAGGUGUUACUUUAGGCUCAAGUACAAAGAGUGCGUACUGCUGUUAUUGAUGUCCUAUACUGUAUUGUGUAUUUAUAAACAUUAUGCUUGUUGUCGCUUAAUGUUGUCUGCAAUGUUGAUUUAAACGAUGUAGUACAACGGCAUAGUGUAAUGAACUUUCUGCGUGAAGCAAGCAGAACCAAUACUCAGACGUUAUAUAUAUAUAUAUUGGAAAAAUAACUAGCUUUUCUAUGUAAUAUUUUUAUAUUGCUCUGUUUUACGCUCUUCGACUUGCGAUGUUACGAGCGGUGUAUUUAAAUAUUUGAUGGGUCUUGCUUGACCCGUAAUUUCCUAAUGUUGUCCUUAUUAGAACCAAGUGCCUGAUAUAUUUCGUUUGCAGUAACGUAAUAUCAUAUAUUAUAUAUUUCGAAAAUACCGUAUACUCGCAUACAUAUGCUACAGUGCCUUUAGCGUUUGAGCUAAAAUUUUACACCACCGUAAAAUGCGGAGUACCUAAUAUUGUAAUGUAAUUACAGUAUGUGUAAUUGUGUAUUUAUACACAGACACUUCAGAAAAUGGUGUAUUUACUGAUCUCAUAAUCAAGGCACUCGCCAUUAAACGUUUUAGCCUGAUUGUGCCUAAACCGUAUUAAAAUAAAAUAAUACACUAUUUUUAUACUAUGUACAGGGUGUUAAAUAAAUAUAUACCAAAUAAAGUGCUUUUAUUAGAGUCCUGCAUACAUUUUAGUAGCAACCGCCGUCUCGUAUAUUGUAGAAAUUAGUUGUUAAGUAUGUAUAUGUAACUUAAAAUUAAUUUUCCUUGUAUUGAGUGAGUGAUGCUCAUAAUUGUAUAGUGGUUUGAAACGGUUUUAUAUAAUAUAAAUAUAUUUAUAAUAACAUAUUUUAGGCUAAAUGUUGCAUAACUGGGGUAAUUUUAUGAAUACUUACGAAAUGUACAAAAUAAAUAAGUAUGGAUAUGAAUGAUGUGCUAUAAAUAUCUGCAUAAUUUACAAGAUGUUUUGAUAGUUUUGAGGCUGUUCUAUUUAAAAGCAAAUUCAUGGUUCCUUUGGGACAGUCCGACUGAUUACGCAUGUUUGUUAUUUUACUAAUUGCUAUGUUGCGUACGUUGUUGAGUUUUGUAUAUUUUUUUCUAUAUCCUAAAAAAAAUCUUUGUAGUUUCGCACUAUUGAGUACUGUUUGAGAGUUUUAUUUUACAGCACUGUUGGUAAUUGUUAUAUUUUAAGCGCAUAGUAAGUUUUAUUGCAUUAAGGGUUAUGGAAUAAGUUAUAAGAGAUCGUAAAAUAUAUGUUUUGCGUUUAAUGUUAAAUGCAUAUCGUUUAAUGCCAGUAACGCACGUGAUAGUGUUUCGUGAUAGAUGUAAACCAAAAGGCGCGCGCUCGCUCCGCGGGGCGGUCUGUCGCAGGGAGCAGUGCGCUAUUUGUUAAAGGGAAUAUUAAGUUUUCGAGUGAAACCUAGUUUUGAGAAUUGUUCUAAUAUUGACCAAAUAAAUGUGUUCUAAAUAAAAA